AGCACCGGUUGAAAAACCAAGAACAAGAACCGGCGACCCACCAGGAUCCAUCCCAGCCAGCCAGCCAGCCGGCCAGCGGAGAGAAAAAGAGAGAGCGAGAAAAGAGGGAGGGAUGCAGGCCGGCGCGGGCCGAUCCCCUUCGGAUCCGGGGCGAAUGGGUUCGGCGGCGCAGCAGCAGCAGCAGGUGCCGGUGGUGGUGGCGCUGAACUGCCUGGAGGAGGUGUCGCUGGAGCAGGAGGGGCUGUCGGGCGUGGCGGCCGUGGAGCACGUCCCGCUCUCCCGGCUCUCGGACGGCCGGCUGGACUCGGCCUCGGCGGUGCUCCUCCACUCGCUGGCCUUCCUCCCCCGCGCGGCCCAGCGGCGCCUCCGCCCCUGGCAGCUCCUCCUCUGCCUCGGCUCCCCGGACCGCGCCGCCGACUCCGCCCUCGCCGCCGACCUCGGCCUCCGCCUCGCCCACGUCGACGCCAACCGCGCCGAGGAGGUCGCCGACACCGUCAUGGCGCUGCUCCUCGGCCUCCUCCGCCGCACCCACCUCCUCUCCCGCCACUCCUCCUCCUCCUCCUCCGCCUCCGCCUCCCCCUCGGAUCGCGCUCGAGGGUUAGAGGAGAUCCAUGCGAUCCCACGGAGAGGACGAGAUCUCGACGNCGCCACCCGCAGCCUCGCCUUCCGCAUGAGCGUCCUCUUCUUCGACCCCCGCCACCACCACCACCACCACCACCAGGGAAAGGGAAAGACCAGACGGCCUACCAUUGCGUUCCCCCCUGCUGCCAGGAGGAUGGAUACUCUCAAUGACUUGCUGGCGGCGAGCGACCUCGUCUCGCUUCAUUGUCAGCUGACGAAUGAUACAAUGCACAUACUUAAUGCCGAAUGCCUGCAGCAUAUAAAGCCUGGGGCAUUUAUAGUCAAUACGGGUAGCUGUCAGCUCAUAGACGAUUGUGCGCUCAAACAGCUUCUGAUUGAUGGCACUAUAGCCGGUUGUGCUUUGGAUGGAGCCGAGGGUCCGCAAUGGAUGGAAGCAUGGGUGAGAGAGAUGCCCAAUGUCAUAAUUCUUCCUCGGAGUGCAGAUUAUAGUGAAGAAGUAUGGAUGGAAAUAAGGGAGAAAGCAAUUACAAUACUGCAAUCGUUCUUCUUCGAUGGAAUUGUUCCCACCAAUGCUGUUUCUGAUGAAGAUGAAGAAAUAGCAGAGGCUGAAAUUGAAGAUGACCAGUUGGAGAGACGACUAAAGGGAAGCCCCUCUCAGGUUUGUGAGGGUGAGCAACAAACAGAUGAAAGUCAUUUAAGUUCAGAAUAUGACAAGAAAAGAGCCAUUGCUCUGUCAAAAGAGUCUCAAGCUUCAGGUCUAUCUCAAAACGUAGGCUCCAGAUCUGAAGGCAAACGCAGCAAAUCAGGAAAGAAGGGUAAAAAGAGGCCUGCUCGUCGUAGAUCACAACAGAAGUCAGAUGACUUUUCAGCUGUGGAGAGUGAUGGAAACUAUAUUUCACAUCGAGAUGAUGACACUGCCAUCAGUGGCAGAGAGCAAAGUUCACGGUUUGCUUCUCCUGAGGAUUCAAGAACCAAGCAGAUGUCUCUUGCUGAAUCAACAAUGGAGAUAACUCCUGAAAAGCCCAUGACAGCAAGCGCAGGGCUUGGUAGAAAACCUGGUCGGUUGUUGAAGGAUGGUUUUGUUAUAGCAUUACGUGCAAAAGAUCAUUCAGGGUUUCACAUUUCUAGGCAGAGAGUUGCCAGUGGUGGGUGGUUCCUUGACACUGUGUCGAAUGUAACGAAAAGGGAUCCUGCUGCACAAUUCUUAGUUUCUUUUACAAGCAAGGAUACUCUUGGAUUACGUUCUUUUGCUGCUGGUGGAAAACUAUUGCAGAUUAAUAGGAGAAUGGAGUUUGUAUUUGCAAGCCAUACUUUUGAUGUUUGGGAGAAUUGGAUGCUGGAAGGUUCGGUGCUUGAAGACUGUAAACUCGUUAACUGCAGAAAUUCGUCGGCCAUCUUGGAUGUACGCAUCGAUAUUCUUGCAGCCGUGAGCGAAGAAGAUGGAAUCACGCGGUGGCUCGAUUAACUUUUUCGCGGCAAAAAUGCUUCCCUGCGAACGGACUGAUGUCGGGAUUGUUUUCCUAUUUAUUCACUUCAUGACAUGCCAAAAAAUUUUGGAUGCUGCGGUUGUAGGGGCUUGUGGCCUUAGAAUGUGCCAGUUUGUAUUGCUUCCAAUAUUAACUAAGACUGGGAUAUUGUGUACUUGUUUAAACAUGUUCUUAUUUUGGCCUCGCGAAGUUUCUAACUUUUUGGAACCAAAAA